AUGUUGACCCACCAGGGACUGGAGGUCGAGUCGGCCCUUAUCGGGACUGUCAUCGAUGGCCUCAAGAUCCAGAACUGCGGGAUGGAGUGCAUCCGCAUGAGGAACUUCGUGACCAACGCGGUGAUCCAGAACAACGACAUCGAGAACUGCGGCAUCUACGACUUCCGCUUUCAAUUCGACGGAAAGAUCGGCGAGGCUAUCUACAUCGGAACUUCAAGCAACCAAUGGGAAGAUGGCACGGGCGACAGGGUGACGAACGGCCCUGACGGAAGCAACUACAACCUGGUGACCGGAAACGAGCUCGUGCCUCGCGGCAACGAGUGCGUGGACAUCAAGGAAGGCGCAACCAUGAACGUCGUCGAGUACAACGAAUGCGAGGACCAGCGGGACGCAGAGUCCGGGUGCUACGACUCGCGGGGAAACGAGAACACCUUCAGGUACAACACUGCCAUCCAAUGCCUCGGUGCCGGCAUCCGCCUGGGAGGGCACACUAUCGACGGCUUCGUCUAUGGCGUUGACAACCACGUUUACGGCAACGAAUUUUUGGAAACCGAGGCCGGCUCUAUCAAGUCCCGUGUGGAACCGCAGGGCGUCAUCUGCGACAACUCCUGCGCAGACGGGGAGUGCGGCGUCAGCGAGGAAGGAGACGACGAAGAGAUCGAAGGCUCGUGGGACCAGGGGUGCCCGGCUAGCUUUCCUUCCGUACCUUUCAUCGACGACCUGGAGACUCCCGCCGCCCCGGCGCCUACGCCCGAAGUCGCCGCUUCUACCCCGUCUCCCACCGACUCCCAGAAUGAGGGAUGCAGCAAGCGCAGCGGAGGGGAGAACGGCUGCUGCACCAAGGCGAUCCAGUUCGGCGGAGUGAUGUGCGAGGAUACCGGCGGGCAGGCACCGUGCAUCAUGGACGUGUACCAGGGGUAG